UCCCGCUCUCUCCAACUCCUCUGAAGCAACUCUCAACCUCCAGGAUUCUCCUCCGUCGUUUCCCCUCCUCCUCUUUUUUUUCAGUUGCACCUAUUUUUCUUCUUUUUGUGUGUUUUCGUUACUUUGUCUAACCCCUACGCACCGCUCAACGCCGCCAGAGAUGUGAUGUGGCUAAUGAGGACCCCCUACCAGCGGUGACUUGUCUCCUCCGUGCUUCAGAGGACCGAUCAUCCUCAUCUUACAGCCUCAAUUCUUUGGACGUUCGUCUUCCUUUCAACAAUGUAGGAGAAGGUGCGCUUUCAUUUCAGCGACGAGGAUGCCAACUACAUGCCUUUUUAUUUUUUUUGCUCGCAGCAUCUUACAUCUUUGUCUUUACAGCCGGAGGGGGGGAUAUGAAAGAUUUCCAUGAAGGCAAAGUUUGAGGGUACCUCUGUCGGUUUCCCGCAACUCACCUGUCCGCCUGCACGCACGAGCCCCUCUCCGUUUAACUGAUCAGAUUUUUCGCCAUCACAACAAUUGACGCGCAAUUUAAAAGAGACCUGACUGUUGUUCUGGUAUUUAGAGUGGGGUUUGGCAGCGGUAUUGGAGGAAUUUGACGUGCGCAACGUUGAAGGAUAUGUCUUAAAUGAUGGUUGCGUUGCUGACAGCCGGAGUAAGGUCCGUCACUUGAGUGUUUUCAGCAGCUACUGUCGACUUUGGAGGAAACCCAUCUCAAUGGGAGGCUACUUGAAGGACUGAGUCGGAUUCGAUAGCCGAGAACAAUGUGGAUAAAACGGAGUGUUGCGCGCAGUCCGUCUGCUUUGAGGCCAGGCAGCUGUGUGGGGCACCGGGUGUGGAUCCUGCUGGCCAUGACCCACCUCACCCUGGACUUCUCCGUGUGCAGCCCCCUCAGUCAGGGCAUCGGGGUCAAACUCACGCCAAAAGCGGUGCCUCGUUCUCGACCUCGCUGGCAGCCGCUGUGGGACGCGCCCAACAAGCUUCACUGGAGAACGGUGAGCCCGUUGGCCCGCCGCCUCCUCAGCCCUAUUCCUCCUCCACCCCAAGACAACAGGGCAGGGGUAGGGCCAAAGGUCAAGGGCCAAAAGCAUCGGAAGCCAGCACAUAAAGGACAAGCAGCGUGUAAGGAGUGCCGGUUGAGAUACUCUCAAAUGGAGACGAGUGAUCCUUUGGCUGUAAUAGCGGGGGCUCCGGCAGCUUUGUCCGGCGGGAGCAGAGGAGACGCAGUGAGGUUGUUACUUAGAGCCAGGAGGCAGCUCAAAUGGGACAGCUAUGACAAGUCUCAGGAGGGCCGGACUACCACAGUGGCUGGAUUUAUCGACUGGGGACCCACGGGGACAGAUAGCGUAGAUGACAACGGCAAACAGGAUCCCAACGCAACGCUGUCCACCAAGGUCUCAACCACCACAGUGGCCACAACCCCUAGCACUACAACCAGGCUGUCCCAAAGGACUUUCACUGUGGUCACCACACCAGAGCCCAAGAGGCUAAGCACCACCAAGGCCACUGUCGGCUCCGGGGAGACUGUCAAACCUAAGCCAUAUGGGGAGACACCAGGUUUGGCAGUUCACCAGAUAAUCACAAUCACUGUGUCUCUCAUUAUGGUUAUCGCAGCCUUGAUCACAACACUCGUCCUUAAAAACUGCUGUGCGCAGUCGGGAAAUGGCCGCCACAAUAGCCAUCAGCGCAAGAUCCACCAGCAGGAAGAAAGCUGCCAAAACCUGACAGACUUCACCCCGGCCCGGGUGCCCAGCAAGGUGGACAUAUUCACUGCCUACAACGACAGCCUGCAGUGCUCACACGAGUGCGUCCGGACUGCCGUGCCCAUCUACACUGAUGAGAUGAUCCAGCAGACGCCUGUCUACAAGACUGCUUACAACGGGAACAGGCCCUCCCCCACUGAAAGACAGCUGAUUCCCGUGGCCUUCGUGUCAGAGAAAUGGUUCGAGAUCUCUUGUUGACGAGCUGAAGGCCUUGCUCACUUCCUGUGGGUGGAAGAGACUUCCUGAAGUCACGCUCCGGCUCCAGUUGGAAACAACGAAAACACACAAAAACAACUUCUUUUGUAAAAUAGUGUGAUCACUCUUUGGACACUGGUGAAGAUAUUUAUUUUUCUAGAGAUGACAAGCAGAGCAGCCACAACGCUGCCACUCCAUACUUUCCAGGAACGUACAGUCAUUUAGAUAUAGAUUAUAUAUAGGUCUAUUUACAGGAUGUGUGGGAUGGGACUGUGGACGUCACAGGUGUCUCAAGGAAAACAUUUGACAUUUGAAAAAAAGGAGCCCAAGGAGCUGCGGUGGGUGGAAGACAAACUGUAUUUCUGAACAAUGUGCCAAUAAUGCCACUAUGUGCCACAACCUGGAUAGAAGGAAGUUUCAACAACAACGGACGGACUACAACAAAGAGCGCUGUAUCAACCCUGUAUCGACUCCAACUUCAUUUUGGUUUGUUUUCUAACAAAUGUGAAAAAAUGCUACAAAUGUAUUUGAAAAUGUUUUGAAAUAGUUUUAAGAAAUGUGUUGCAAAAAGAGUCUAAAAGAUAUUUAUAAGACACAUUAUUCUAUUAGUUUGGGGCGAGAGAAGAUGAGGGGGGGGGAGAGAGAAACGGUAUAUGCUUUAGUGAACAGUUGGUUUUAAAACAUUGUUUCUAUAGGUCCCAUUUUAAAAAGAAUACUUACGUCUAUUUUUUUACACAGUACAGUCUGCCACAACCGUGGAGGUCCGGAGCACUCGGGAUUCAGCGCUGUUAAUUAAAUACUCCCACCCGGGCCGAGAUUAUAACAAAGAAACCCAUCUGAGUCCACCUGGUGCCAGCCAAUCCGAGAGCUUAAUGUGUGCGAUUUGCACCUCGAUUUGGCUUAAUGGAAGAAAGAAACAAAAAGGUUUCUGUGGUGCUGGAUCACAACGAAUCCCACAGCAGCCAAUGCAUGAACAGCUGGAGUAAGGACCGCCACAACAGACGGCAUGGAGCUGGACAGGACAUUCAUACUGCCUCAGGUCUGUCUGGCUCUUUUGCACACUUCACGUUGGUCUCAGUUUCAGUCGCUGUUUGGGAUGAAUUCUAAUGAUUGGUUAUGAUUUCUGAUUUGAGAAAAAAAGUGGAAUAGAUUCAAUAUGAGCUUCAAAUUCAAACCAUUCAUGUGACAAUUUGCAUGAAUAGCAAAGAGAUUGAAAAAUGAAUCCCUCCACAGAAAGUACAUGAAUAUCCCCACGCAACUCCCAGAUUCACUCGAUAAAUUAAUAACGCAUUUAGAAAAGCUAAAAAGUCUGAAUUACAGUAAAUCAAGAAGAGCAUGAACCAAUUUGUUGAAUACGGAACGUCAAAUUAUCCUCCGUUCUUCCACUCAGAACGGAGAAGAAGCUGUGAAAGAGGCGUCCAUCAGGAUCAGAAUGAUGUUUUAAAUGCGAGGGAGGGAGGGAGGAACUCUCUGGACAAAUGUGUGGCAGAGGUUAGUUCUAGCAUAUCACAGUUUCAGCUAUCACAGCCAGAGAAGUCGAGGUUUGUGCACAAAUAGGUCGUUUGAAUUUGUGCCGAAGGGAAAUGCGACGUGGACGUGUGAGAAAGGGGGAGUUUCAUUUUGUUCUUUCAAAAGAGCCAAAAGACUCCAGUGUAUUGUCCAAGGGAGGGGAUUAUGACGAGCCAAUCAGCCGCUGCCAAAUUGCUUUAAACUGUCUCUUGUGUCAAGAUGAGGGAACUCCAUGGUCAGGAAGGAAGAGCUCUCCUGGGAGCCUUUCCAUCCCAAAAUCAUCUUAUGAUCAACCUCCCAGCUCUGAAAGACAGACUACCAUUGUGCUACGAAGCCUUUUGAAGGAAGCCGCCUACGAAUCUACCUUUUAUUGUGCUGUGGGUUUGUUCAAAGCACAAAUACAAUUCUGUAAUUGUAAGCGUUUUUUGGCUGCAGACAGCAAUAUGUACAGAUUCUAAAAAGGCGGCAGAGUUUUUGUUAGCGCGUCGAAGGUGGAUCUCCAGUAAUUCUCUUCGGGUGUUUUCAGGCUUAUACGUCUUCUGAAGGAUUCGAGGAAGCAGGUUGUCCCAGGAGGCGCCAGGACGGCCUGGGAUAAACACUGUGGUGCAAAAACAAACACACACAAGCUCCUGCGUUUGCCCCUUCACAACAUGAAACACCCACGCUCUCAUGAAUGACCCGUACCAAUUCAGCCUCACGUGUGUUGUCAAGGCUGCGGAGUUGCUUCUUUGACAUAACAUAUAUUUUUUUGAAUGAAGAGUGUUAUCUUAAAUAGUCGAGAGGGUUACGAAAAACUGAACUGUAUAUUCUACACGUGUAAAUGUAUUUUCUAUAUAUUUGCUUCUAUUUGUGUACAGGUGUGUUCUAUUUUUCAGGACCUGACCCAGUUUUUUGGGGAAGGUUUCAGCUAGAUCGGGGAUAGUGUCUUUGUUUACAUGUGUAACUACAGUAUUUCUUUUAAAAACACAAAACUAACCUUGUGCCAAGCUUCCUACCUGCACUUUCAAGCAGUACGUGUGUUAUAUCUUCAGCUAGCCAGUAUAAUACUCCAGUAGACGCUGCAAUAGUUCAGAGGACUGGGGAGGGGUUUCCAGGUGGGACGUCUGAAAGUGCUGAGUGGUUCCAAGAGGUGUUGUGAUCACACCGUGCUGUGUUCAUGGUACGCUGAGAAACCAAUGACUCUCUGCUCUUAAAUAUCAUUUCUACAUCAACUCUAAUAUUGAGUGUUUCAUCACAGGAAUAAUAAAAAAAGAUAAUCAGUGUAAAUCCAACAGUAGCUGCCAAGAAACCAACUAAACUUAACCUAGACUGGGUUGCAUUCAUUUGUCAUGUUUUCUUUUUGUAUAUACAACUGCCCCAUAAAAUGUAUGAUUUGCCACAUUGUAAUCACUGCGUAAACAAACUAAUAUUAGCAUUUAUGAUUAAUGACAAUAAUCAGGGAAAGACGUUGUGAGAGGAAGAUGGUUUGUUGAGUACUUUUUGAUUGACCUGUUUAAGAAAUGCCAAGAGUUACGCACAAUGAUGUGAGAAGCCAUUCAUCAAAGUCUUUAAAGGAUAUUUCUGGUUUAUUUUAACUUGGGCGUUUUUCUAACCUUGAUAGCUGUUUUUUUUAUAGUCAGCCUCCUAAAAAUGUUGGCCAAAGCGACAACCAGAGUAUUUUGACAUUUUACACACAAAAUGAACAAAUUAGGUCCAACGGGGUAAAACACAAGCGCAAAACUGUGUGCGCACACAACUACGGCAAGCACAGUUAGUCAAAGUUCAUCCCUUUUACAGUUUGCCUUUAUUUUCCCCUUCAAAUAAGUUUACAACCUGAUUGCUCGUGCCUUGUUGGAUUCUUUUUUGAACAUUGAACUUGAUUGAAUACAAUAUUAUAUUUAGUGACGGCAGUGACCCAAGUUUUACAGAACCUGAAUUAUCCUUUCAGCCUAACGGACCGGUGUGUAGGACUGAGGAGGCUUUAUUAGCAAAGAUGGAAUGUAAUAUUCAUAACUAUAUUUUCACCGUUUUGACGGCUCGAGUCUGGCAUUCUGGCCUUUGCCAUCUUGGUAGUUGCAACAAGCGGUGACACGAGGGGGUGGGGCUAAGAACAACUAAGACUCCACUACAUGCUACACACUGGUCUUUAAGUACUGACGAUCGUGAGAGAUCUGUGCUGAACUAUCAUGAAGUAGUUCCCUACGAACACCAAACUUUUAGAAAUAUUGGGCUGCUUUUUGUGACCUUGCCGGUUCUUUGAAUUGCUGCAAACUGUCUCAUCAAAGAAGGUACAAUGUGUUUUUCCAAGUCUCUGCAUUAGUAACACUGUAAGCUGAUAACUGCAAAACGUCAACAUGACCUUACUGGAAAUGGUUGAAAUUCGAUACAAGGCUAAAGAAUGAUUGUGUGAGAGUGUUUCCAUGUUCUUUGAAACCUACAAAAAAUAUCGAAUUGUCGAACAAAGAGAAACCUUGACAUUUGGAAUUUCUUUCUCCGUUUCAAAACAAGGGUUAGCCUCGAAAAGCUAGUUUGCAUCGUCAGUAUCUCAGUAAACCCACAGGCGAGCUAAAAGCAACUCUUCUGCAUUCCUGAAGGACUUGUGGAUGAGGGAGCGGCUCAGACGUACCUUUGAGACGGGCUAUCUGCAGACAUCGGCAUAGAUCACCUGUCUGAAUUCAAACUGAUACGUAGGGAAAUGCCUCGCUGCUUCCUCGCCUUUUCAGUUCAUAUAUUUCGGGAUGGCUGACGAGCGUGGUGUAUCAUAGCUAAGAGGGAGGGAAAUGAUUCCACUCCGCUGGUCAGAUCUGAUUCACGAAACAUCAUCUGAGGGCAGCGCAGGCAACAGCAGAAGGGAGGGAGGGGGGGUGGAGUCUUAAACAGACACCAAAGACUUGACAUGCAUUUUUUUUCCACAGCAAAUGAAUAUUUUGCAGCUCCCGUUUCUGUCUCUCCAGCAGCCCAUGAAACCUACACCCCCCUUCAGCACAAACAAGCUGUAAAUAAAUCAGCAAGGGUUCUCCCGCUCGUUUGCAGAGACCGUGUUUCCUGUUUGCAUAUUAGACAUACAGAGUGAUCACAUGUGUGUGUGAAUUAGAUGUAGCCUGAACAUCUGCGAGGCCGAGUUUUUUUUCCAUAUCAAGGGAGGAGGAGAAUCAAUGCAUGGACUCUGUUUAAUCAUGGCCUUCGGGUGUCUGAUGAGCGUACAAACAUGUGAUGUGCUGGUGAGUUUCAUAUAAAUGUCAGCAAGGUGACACUCAGCAGGAAGAAGGAAAUAUCUGAUUUGAAGACAAAAAGUAAAACGCAGCGGACAGGACGACGUUUAUCUUCAUAGACUGAUAUGUAUCUUACUCAAUCCUUUUUCUUUUGCCGUCAGAAACCUGUAGCUCCUCGCACCGCUUCUCCCUCACGGUUUCAGAAAAGAAUCACGUACUGUGCGCUUACUGUAUUUAAAGCGGAGGGCUCUGACUCUCCUCUUGAGUCACGUUUUUACUUUUCUAUUCACAAGAGCUAAGGCACUGUCACCGUCAGUGCGUGUCAAUACAGUCAAAGACUUGAAAAAAAAGAGAAAAAAGAACAACAUCUCAAUUCUCCCAUAAUGCCCCUCUGCUAGAUGGAGACCAGCUGCGUCACACAAAUCAGCCGUUUGAUUAGUUUGCCCCCGACGUUGUAAGGACAUUUGGAAAAUAUAGAUCCUUUGCUUGUUCCCUGAGAGUUGAUUCAAAUAAAAAUAAAAAAGAUAUAUAUAUAAAUAUCACAUAGUUUCAAUUUCUGUUGGUGAGGAAGUUGUUUGUGAUUUCUUUGUUCUUGGUGGGGGGGGGGCGGGGGUCACAUGCGGGCACACAGUGGUCUGUUCAUCGAAGCCGACUUACAAUCACAAUCCAUACCUACCAUGAAGGAAACCUGACUCGAGUUGUGUUGUCGCCAUAAAAAUGAAGAGUUUGUACUUUGUGACUCUUAAAACUUUUUAUAUUUGUGUUUAAUAUAUCAAUGAGUACCUCUGUUAACUUUUGUAUAAGACCUAUGACUAUAGUAUAUACAAACACACACACACACAUACAACACACCUCCACAAAAGGGACUCAGUCUGUCUCUGUGACGGCUAAAUGUUGUGUGACUUUUAUUUUUCGUGUCUUAUGAACCACAUCUCUUCCUUUUGUAGUUUAUUGGUAAACGUUUCGAUUUCCAGGUGACUAUGAUUUGGUUACUCUUGUACUACUAAGCUCUGUAUUUGCAAGCACUGUAAAUGCGAUUCUCAUUGGAUUCGUCCUCUGUACAUUUAGUACUCUGAUGUUGCUAUUAAUAAAAUGUAAAACAACA